UUGGUUGCGCAGAACAAGGGGCGUCAAAAUCGCCAUAUUGGCUGCUACAGUUGUUGACAGAAAUAGGGUCACCUGACAAAUCUGCUGGAAUCACAAACAUCAUAAGUUGAAAGUAUUAAGUUGCCAACAGAUCACAAAGUCAAUUGGUCUAAGACUUUAAAAAUCGCAGUUAUUGUCUUUAUUUGAGGAAGGGGUCGGAAGAAUCUUCAUCUGAAUUCCUGCUUCCGCCAACUUCCGGAAAGAAAUGGGUAGUAAAGAUGACGAAUACGAUUACUUAUUUAAAGUUGUGUUGAUUGGUGAUUCUGGUGUAGGAAAGAGUAAUCUAUUGUCAAGAUUCACAAGAAAUGAAUUUAACUUGGAAAGUAAAAGUACUAUUGGUGUGGAAUUUGCCACAAGGAGUAUACAGGUUGAAGGUAAAGUGAUAAAGGCCCAGAUCUGGGACACAGCUGGUCAAGAACGAUACAGAGCUAUCACUAGUGCAUACUACAGAGGCGCUGUAGGUGCUUUAUUAGUAUAUGAUAUAGCGAAACAUUUGACUUAUGAGAAUGUAGAAAGGUGGCUGAAGGAGUUACGAGACCAUGCCGACAGCAACAUAGUCAUUAUGUUAGUAGGAAAUAAGAGUGAUUUACGGCAUUUACGAGCUGUACCUACAGAUGAAGCUCGGGCCUUUGCAGAAAAGAACUCACUGUCUUUCAUUGAAACUUCAGCAUUGGAUUCAACUAAUGUGGAAUCAGCAUUUCAGAAUAUAUUAACAGAAAUUUAUAAAAUAGUAUCACAGAAACAAAUCCGGGACAGUCCGGAUGACGACAACACACCUAGCAACAAUGUACAAAAUAUCAUAGUUGGACCGACUGACAGCUCGACGCCAAAGUCAAAAUCCUGCUGUAAUGUAUGAGAGUUGUUGUUUAGCAGUUAAAGAACUAUUAAUAAGACCAACAAUAUGUCUGUCUGACAUCCUAAUGAAGAUACGUUACUAAAGAAAGAUGAAGAACUCCACAGUUUUCUCAUCUGACAACAUUCUGCAUUAUUGUACAAGGGGCUUGUUCUGUAGUAUCAACAUUUGUGUAUAAAUGAUAAUCUUCUCAUGGUGCAUUUGUAACAUUGUGUUUAGACUUGUUUAAAAUAUUUUGAUUUUCUAAUUGAAAGAAGGUUAAUAAGCAAAACUGGAGCUCUGCUUCAUGCUCUUGAUUCCUUGAAAUUUAAAGUUCAACUCAAUACUUAUAAAUAUUCAUAGAACAAACGCUGUUCUUUUUUUUUAUAUGACAGAUUUUGAGAGAUGUUCUUUCACAAUAUCUGAUUUACGACCUUCUAUUUUUAUUCAUGUCUACUUUUAUUUUCUUCGUUGCAAAGAAAUAAAUCCCAAGUCCAUUAAUCUUCCUUUUGCUAGAAUGUGUGAGACUACAUGAGUGAUCGAGGUUUGUUUUUUUAUACAUUGUUAUUGAGCUUAAUUUCUGAUUUGCUUGUUGUAUUCCUUACAUACAGUGAUAUGUUACAAUCCUUAAUAAUUGUUGUUCUUAUAGAAACUAAUGUGUCCCUGUACCCCUCAAUUUAACUUUCCUUUUCAACAUAACAAUUUCAUAAGUCCAUAAAUUUUCAUGAUUCUAAUUUCUAUAGUUUUCAUUUUGUUUGAAAGAAUCAUCAGCUCAAAUAUCAUGUAUGACAUUCCAGAAAUGGUUUUGAAUGUAAAACUUGAAUUCCCAUGUUGUUCCUAUGUGAAUGUUUGUUUGAUGCAAUUGGAUAGUAUUGUAGUAUUUGUUAUCAACUUUAAAGCUUAUUUUACACUGAAAGUCUGCAAGUAAAAUGUUAAUGUUCUUGAUUAGGGCUAUUCCAUUAAAAUGUAGGGGGAGGGUAGGAAUGGAAGUUUAAUUAUUGAAUGUGGGUCAUGGGUCUUUUUUCCAGUAUGCAUCUAUUACCAUUAUUCAAAAUUAUCUAAAAAAUGGUUCUUGGUUGUAGGGAUAUUUUGAAAGUCCCUUCUUACCCUCCCUCAUACAUUUUAAUGGAAUAGCCCUUAUAAAGCAGUCUGUACCAUUAGCCACUAGUAAGAUGCCGCUAAACUAGAAAAAUUUUAUUUGGACUAGUAAGUAUUUGCAAAACUUUGUUUAGACACCUAAAAAAAAAAUAUAACAUCAGGCUAGUAGUUGGAAAAGAUCUUAGUGCAGACUGACAAAGAACAUGUAACAAAUUUCUUAUUUUUAAAAUCUGAAAAAGGGUGGUGGUUUUUAUAUUUUUGCUACUGUGUGUCAGUUAGAAAGUGUAUUUAAAAACCUAGAAUGAACCGUUCGGUAUAGCUAUGACUUAUAUCAGAAAAAAUGAAUUGAUACUAAAUGUGAAAAAUGAAGAAUUAUACCAAGUCAUGCUCGAAACUGAGAGAAUGUUCUUCAUGAGUUUGAACAACAUACAAGUCUGUAAUCAGUCCUGGGUACAAUUUAUGUAGAAGCACUCCAGGACAGGCCUUAUUUAUUUGAUUGUGAAUGACUGAUAUUGUUAGAUAAUGUAGAAUGAAGUCACAUGUAGAAACCUGUUAAUCUAUUAUAUAUCUAUAUCACAUAUUUUUAAAAAAUCUGUACAAUUUGUGCGAGUGUAUUUUAUUUAAAUGAAGAGUGCGAAUGUUUGGGUGUGAUUGUGUAAUUAUUAUUGUGAGACUUAAACUUAUGAUAGUUUUGCUUUUUGUUGAUGUUGUUCUCAAAUUUCCACUUAUUUGAGAUAAUGUCUGUACUUAAUAAAAGUACCAGUAAUGAAUGUCUUUGUAUCAGAUUGAUAUUCUUAAGUUUAGAUUAGUUCCAUUAAGGAAGGAUAUCAGUAUACCAUUUGACGUCUUAAUACAGCUUUCAUUACACAUGAAAAGGCAUUCAACAUAAUUUCUAUUCAAAGUUUUCCCAAGUUCAAAACCGUCUGUUCAACUGUUAAAAAAAUGUUUCAAUAGAGUACUUGUUAUUUUAAAACUUCUAUUUCUUUUUAUUUCAGAGUGAAAUUCAAGCAUGUUUAUUGUAAUAAACCAUUAUUAUAAGCAAAAUUUACCCCAAAUUGUUUUGCAAUGUGUUUCAGUCUACUGUGACUGUAUACACAAGAAAAUCUUUUUUUAAGUCAUGAAAAUUCUGUACAACAAAAGAUCAAAUUUUUUGGUUGCUAGAUAUUUUAAGCUAUUGCCACUGAUAUGAAUAUGUAGAAAGAAAUAUCAAUCAUGAACCAGUGUUUGAAGUGUAUAUUAGCAUUAAUAAUGUGGCUGUGAUGUAUUUUGACUAGGUAAUAUAUGUUAAAUGAUGGCUAGUGAAGACUGCUAUAAAAUUGAGUAACCAUAGGAAAGAAAAUCACUAAAAUAUGAUUACAAUGAUCAAAACUUCACUUGAAAUAUCUAUCAAGAAAGUUUUUUUAUCCAAUUAAAAUUUCAAAUGUUUCUAUAAACACAAUGGGUCCAAUUAUUUUCAACUUUUAUCUAGUUUAUAAAGUUCAAUUACAAGAUAAAUCUUAUUUUUAACAUUUAAAUAGCUUGAUCCAAUGAUUAAAUGUUUUGAAUAAGUGACUGCACCCUCUAUUUCUACCCUAACAUUUUAAAAUGUACCUUUAUUGCUAGCAUGUUGGUAUACUUUUGUUACUGCUUAAUUAACACAAUAUUAUAACUGUGUAUACUUGUUCAUAUUUGAUGAGGAAUCUCUUGUAAAAUCAUAUAUGAGAUACAAAAAAAAUUAAUGGGAUCAGUGUGACCUUUACCGGGAAUAGUUUGUUUAGAUUACUGUGGAUUCAUUAUUAUUCGUUGGAUACAAAUUUUCAUGGUUUUCGUGGGUACAGGUGAACCACAAAUUUAAAUGUUCAACGAAUUACAAAUUUUCUAUCAGGUUGUAUGCAGACUUUGGAAAAACCAUGAAAUCACAUAUCCACGAAAAGCCAAAUUUUCCACAAUCCAUGAAAAACUGGUACCCACGGAAAUAAAUGAAUCUACAGUACGUUUUUAAAUACUGUAAAUUCAGAAAUUAUUGCGUGCCUUUAUUAUUGCGAUUUUGUCAUUUUUGACUUAAAUGCGAUUUUAAUUUUUGCGAUAUUGAGAAAAAUCCUGUUUAAUUCAUAUAAAAGAUUUCAAAAUGCGAGUUUAAAUUAUUGCGAUUAUAACCCUGUCGCAUUUUUAGGUAUAAUAAAAACAUCGCAAUAAUUUCUGAAUUUACAGUAAUCAUUUCAUUUCCUAAAUAAAAAACCUAAAUUCCUGAAUCAAAUUACUAGUGGCUGUCUGUGAUUUAACUUUGAAUUUUGUCACCGGUCCAUAGUGGCAAAGGACUCGUAUUGAACAUAAUAUAUCUUGGGGGGGGGAAAAAGGGUCAAGAUUUUGCGUUUUAACAUUUUUAAGUGUACUGUCCACUGUGGUCAGUUUGAAAUGAUCCACUUAAGUUGUAGUAUUGAUGAUUCAUGAGAUACAGGGGUAUUUUCUCAAUCUGACUUGAAACUUUGCGAAACAUUGAUAAAUAGUUUUGUUGGAAAGGUUUCAAGACAAAAUAUAUGUAAUAAAAAUGAUAUAAUCAAUUAUAUAAGAUUAUACUAUUUAACAGUCCUUUGAGGACCAGGACUGUAAGAGCUGAGGAAACAACUCGUAACUUACUGUGAUUAUUAUGUAAAUAUGUUUAUUUUUUCAUCACAAAUGCUUGUUUAUUGUAUGUCUGUACGAGUGUAUGUGAGUGUUGAGGGUACAUUUUAUAAACAAAACUGAUAGAAUAAAAAUGUUAACAUUUA